CUGUAUUGGCAUUAACUAACAUUAACAAAUUAAGAUGAAUAAAUUCAUGUGUUACCAAUGUUUGUGAUGAUACAAUUUUAUGAGAACUGGUUUGGCUGGAAAUGCAACACCUUUCACUAGGCAAAAGCAUGUCGCAACCUUUCUAUAAAAUGAAAUGUUUACUUGGCAAAAGUCAUUUUCACAUUCCGGGUGUGUCAACUACAGAACUACAGACUUUUAGGCAUUAUGGAUCCGAAACAAAUGUGGGGUUAUGUAAAGUCUCCUCUAGCAACUUUGCCUUGCCUUGUGAUUUCAAAAUUACUCUGCAUGGCUAUCCCCAUUGCUCAGAUUGCCAUAGGCUCGGUAUAUCUCAAUGACUGUCCCAAGCAGAACUAUAUCCCUAUUUAUGUGCUGGUAUGUGGAGUGUUCGGUGUGGUUCUGAGCUUGUUAGCUUGUCAAGGGGAGGGAGGCCAUUCAACACUGAGCCUCCUCUGCUCGCUGUGGAAUGCACUGGUGUGCACAUUCCUUUUUUGCUGGGUGAUCAGUGGUAGUGUGUGGAUUUACUCCAUUUACCCUCCUAACUACAACCAAACCAUGACUGGAGAUCUCUACUGCAAUAAGACCCUCUAUCUGUUUGCAUUCUGGACCACCACAGUGGGAUACAUUCUAUUAGCUCUGGUUUUGUUGAUUGGCUGCUGUCGUUGUAUUGGUAUUGUAUAUGUGGGUUAGCGCAAAAAUGAGUUAGAUGAGAAUUCAUCAUGAUCAAAGAUUAUAUCUGCCCGUUUGUGGGCAAUUGUGAGAAAUCUUAGCAACAUUGAUGUCUGUGCUAAACUUAAAGGACAAGUUCGGUAUUUUACACUUAAAGCCCUGUUUUCAGAUUGUUUAUGAUGAAAUAGAAUGGUUUUGACUGAAAUUUCGACAUAUGCGGCUGCCCCGAGAAUUUUUGGGUGUUUGUGUUUCAUCUCACACCUCUACAAUGGGUUUAAUGGUGC